CUUGCCCUAUAGUAAGGGCCGCUCGUGUUCCUUGGGGGCUACCUGGCUCCUGUGUGCACCACGUUGGUGACCCUGAAAUAAGAUUUUUGACUUCAUCUUGAGCACGACGUGGUUUAGUGUGAACCAAGUGUCCCUCUUGGUGCUUGUGAUGUUUCCUAUGAUGCGCUCAAGUGUCCUCCCAAAUUUGUUCCUUGUUCCGCAUGGCCUCCUUGGUCCUUCAAGUGUCCCUCAUGCCUGCGGCCUUGUGAUGUCGAUUCUUCUGCUUUCCUAAUUCACUGUGAUGCGUUUAAGUGUCCUCUCCUCCUUGGCCCCUCGGUCCUUGUGAUGCAUUUAGUUGUCCUGCCCUCUUUGGUCCAUGUGAUGCAUUCAAGUGUUUAGAGGGGCGGAUAACUUUAGACUUUCUCCAUAUCGUUUUUAGCCAAUAAUGUCGAGGGAAGUGUUCGAAUUUCUGCUGGCAGACAUUUAAAGGGGAGACAGUGCGGCGCUGGAGCAAUUUCUAUUAAACCCCGUGCCCCCCACCCCCCUGCCUCAAGUCUAUGGAGGACUUACUCUCCCACCUUGCCACGGUCCCCACAGUGUACAGUCGACAUUGAUAGUGGGUGCCUGCCCACGGAAAGUGUUGCUGAGGACUGACAGGAUCCAGACAUCAUCGCAUUGAAGAUUGCAGGAUGGCCAAGUCGACGCACAUCAUCUGCAGCGUGCUGUUCCUCCUCGGCAUGCUGUCCUCUCCGGCAGAGUCCAAAAGAAACCGAGGCUCCCAAGGCGCCAUUCCUCCUCCCGACAAAAACAGCCCGAACGAGUCGGAGCGGCACCCUCGUCCUCCCCCGCAGCCAGGCUCCGGGUCCCGCCAACGGCACGGCUCGUCCUCCCCGGCCGAUGAGGUUCUGGAGUCCAGCCAGGAGGCUUUACACGUGACCGAGCGGCAGUAUUUGAAACGGGACUGGUGCAAGACCCAGCCCCUCAAGCAGACCAUCCACGAGGAAGGCUGCGUCAGCCGCACCAUCAUCAACCGCUUCUGCUACGGACAGUGCAACUCCUUCUACAUCCCCAGACACAUCCGCAGGGAGGAGGGCGCCUUCCAAUCGUGCUCUUUCUGCAAACCCAAACGCUUCACCACCAUGACUUUUACUUUGAAUUGUCCGGACCUUCAGCCACCAACCAAGAAGAAACGCAUCCAGCGCGUUAAACAGUGCCGCUGUAUCUCCAUUGACCUGGACUAGUAGCCUACGAUCAUCACGAUAAUUCACGACUGUUGCUUAAUGAGGUGCAGUAUCGGCCCAAAAUAACAGUUACCUCUCCCCACUCACCCCCAAACUCUCAUGUAACCAUGAGUGCGAGGUGUGAGUGUGAGGGUUCAUUUUGGGUGAGUGUGAGCGCUUAUUAAAUGAAUGAGUUUUUUUUUUUUUUCAGAAGUAUAAGAGGCUUUUUUGAUGAGUGAGAUUUUUUUUCCAUGUGAGAGGUGUUUAUGAUGAGUAAAAUUCUUGGAUGUUUGUGUGAGAGCUUAUGUGUGAGGGUUUUUUGGCCACUUGCAAGAGAGUUUUUUUAUUUUUUUUAUUUUUGUGUUAGUAGUUUGAGUUUGUUUUUGUGAGAGUAAGAGAUUUUUUGGUGAAUUUGAAUUUUUGUGUGAGUUUUAGAGUGUUUGGGUUGAAUGUGUUUUUGGACAAGUGUGACAAGUUGUUGGGGUAGGUGAAUUUUUGGGGGUGAGUGCAAGAGGUUUUAAAUUUUUUGGAUAGCAUGAUUCUUCUGUUGAGUGUAAAAAGUCUUAAUGUGUGUGCUUUUUUUGAAUGAGAGGUAAAGUCUAUUUUUAGCCCUUAAGGCAGUUGAGAGGGAAGAGGGGAAGGUAUAAGAAGUCAUGCUUUUAUCUCCUGUUUGGAUAAAGUUACAUCCAAUCUUCCCCAUGCUUUCGCACAACACUACUGGACAUAUAAUGUUAAGUGGAAAGGAUAUUUUUACUUUCAAAGUUUAAGACGUCUGGAAUGCAGGCACUUCGUUGCACGGUAUGCGCACGUUUUAUGCACGCCUUCCUCACCUUGGCUUAUUUAAGAAAUCACUAGGACAUUAAAUCCAUUUUUAAUUUUUCCACUGUGUGGAAUUGGGAGAAUGAACAGCAACAUUUGUAAAUGGAAAAUGUGAUUUUGUUUUUGUGUGUGUUUUUUUUAGCUUUGAUAUUUUAAGACUCAUUUUAAGUUAACCUUAAUGUGAAAAUGUUGAGUUUUGCUUCCCUAAUAAGACGUAUCAAUGUACAGUGUAACCCAUGAAGAUAAAAUAAUGUGGAUGUUACAUGUAAAGGAUGUUUUGUGUACUCAAUAUCCAUAAAAAAUGGAAAAUAAAUGGAUUCUGGAA